CAAGUCCAAAUAAACGCUCAGCACGUAAAAUUAAACGACUACUAACUUACCAUUCAGCCGCUCCUUCUCCAUUCCACUCUCUUUAGAAUCACAAUUACUUUAGCAGUGCGACCAUGCACCGCCGAAAGUCCAGCAAGGAAGACGUGGACGAUGGUGACAUGUCUGUGCUCAUACCAGACAAUGAGCCAACAACGGCGCCUACGUUGACAGCAGCGCCUGCUAGUCUUCGACAACCACAGCUUGGUCCAGGAAUACCAGCACGUCAACCAACAGGUAGACGUCCACCUAGCAUUUCUUUAAAUUCACCGCCUAGCUCGCCCUUCCGUGCAUCUCAUGGUCGAGUACGAAGCAUAUCUUCGGGUCCGUUCAUGCCACCCGUGCCAUCCCCACUCGCCAACACGUUCCAUGUCCCACUUCAUCCGUUUGAACCGGGUCAGCUUGACGACCCUCCAGAAGGACUCAGAGGACACGGACGAAGACACAACCGGAUGCAUUCGCGCAACUUAUCGAUAUUCUUUCCCCGCUCACAUGCAACUAUCUCUGAAGAUCUCCCUGCAGACGUCGAAUCUGCCUCAAAUAUCAAUUCACAAUCCCAAAUCGACCUUCAUAUACCCGCAUCUCAAAGCGAGCCCCUUCAGAUCGGACAUGAUCAUACAGCUUCUUUUUCAUUCGGCUCCUCGGGUUCUAUCUCCAAGUCAAACUCUGCAGGUGCAGUCCCAGCUAGCGUGACAGCGCGUAGAGGCCAUCACCAUAAACAUUCCCUUUCUCAUAACUUCUUUUCUUUCCUUGACCCUGUUCGUCAAUCACAACCGGUAACAAAACCUGAGGAGUUGCACACGGCUCCUACCCCUGCUCCGAUGUCCCCAUGGAGUUCGGUGAGCAACGUCCAAGGCGGGGAGGGCGUAAGCUCUAGCAAAGUCGAAUUCACAACGGGCACCAGCUCUCGUUCCAGCUCAGCAUCACCCGCAUCCUCUCCCUCGCCUUAUCAUAACCAAUUUUCUUGGAAUCUAAGCAAAGACGGUCUUUUGGCACGAGUUGCAUGCAUGCUGCAAUUCUGCUUGGGCGGGUUGGUCUGGGUGCGCGGACAGGCUAUCGGGUCGUUGGCGUGUACAGGCCUAGGCUAUUGGGUCGUGUUUGAUGCGUUUGGCAUCGCAGCGGGCGGGCCUCUUCUUGGUAGAAACAAGGGUGGGUUUGGCCCAGCACGCACACAAACCACUCUCCUCUUCGCCCAAUGUGUCUACCUCAUGUUUGCGGGCGUUUACGUAGCCAAAGAAGCUGUCGAACAUAUUUUACUUUCUGCGGGACACGGACACGGGCACGGGCGCCCUUCCCCCUCCCUCUCCUCCGCUGCAUCAAUGUUAGGUUCGAAUGCAUCACUGAACGCAGCUGGGGGCAUCACGCGAGGCCUGGGUCUGCACGGCGCAAGCGAGAUGGGAAAUGAUGGACAUCAUCAUCAUUGGGGGGAUGAGAGGCCUGAGAUGUUGGGACUGUGUUACCCCCUCGGUCUCGUUAUCAUGGUCCUCCUCUCCCUCCUCGCUACUUCCAUUGCGUUUGAGCAUCAUGAUGUGUUAGUUAGAGUAACGAACAAACACAUGCACCUCCCAUCCCCGCUCUCUCUAUUCCAGCACCCCCGACUCCAUCCAUCAUUCUCUGUCCCAGGAAGAGGACAAGCGCAAGCGCCAUGGGAGAGGAUACUGAGGAACCCGUACGCCCUUCCCCCGAUUCUGUUUUGUGUAGCGAUUUUGGGGGGUGAGAUGGUUUUGAAUGUCGCACACUACACACCUUUCGACCUUUCUCUGGCAACUCUCCAGGUCAUCGUCACCACGCACGUCGCAUACGCAGCGUGUAUAGUCCUAGGCGGUGUGUUAUUGCAAACUGCACCUGCAGCGUCGUUUGUAAUGAGUGCCGGCGGCGUGGGUGGUAUAGGCACGAAAGGCACGGGUAUAAGCGCAAAAGGCAUAAACACCCUAGAAUCUCAAAUGGAAUCCUUCUGGCGCGUCGUCCGUGAAAUUGAGCGACACGAACACGUCACAAGUCUCCCUGCUCCGCAUGUAUGGCAGGUGUGUCCGCUUGGACAGGGCGAGAUGAGGUCUUCUGGAUUACAGUCUGCGCCAGGGUCUGCCUUCUCGGCGGCGUUCCCGUCUACGCCACGAUCUGCUCUCUCACGCUCUGAUUCAUCCCCUUCUUCCGACUCGCCAAGAGGGCCAGAACCGCAGUUGAUAAUCACGCUCUCACCACAUGUCCCGUCUUCGUUGUGUGAUGAAGAGGUAUUGAAGUUUACGCGGUGGGCGUGUGAGAGGGUCAGGGGGGCAUUCGUGGGUGACGGAGCGAAGGGGGUCGAGGUUUGCGUGGGUAUCCUUAGGGAGUAGGUACAUCGGGAAAGGAGGCGGCAGCGCGAUAUACCAAACCUUCUUUAUAUUUACCUUCUCCAGCUACGCUGAAUACCUCUUUCUCAUUCUGCCGCCCUGCAUAUAUCGUUUGGUCGACACACAGGCGAGACUACGGUGGAGUGACUUGUACAAACGACUCGGGGAGGUUGGGGGUUGGACCGCUGGUUAACCAAUGGUCUAGCGCUCAAAGGGAGCCUGGAAACGGGGCUAUCGUAUAUAAGCUACCAUAUUUCUGGCAUGUGUCACCAAACAAAACCUCCGCCACUAAUAAUAGCA